AUUUCAUUUUUCCUUUUAUCUCACCUUCAUUUGCUUCCUUAGCCUCAAAGUUUGCAAUUCUCCCUAUUUGAUCAGCAAAUUGAACCUCCUUAUUCUGUUCUAUAUCCUUCUCAACUCCCAUCCAAUUUCAAUCUCUAAAAAACCCUAAUUUCAGUUUGAUUUAAUUCAAAUUUAAUUGCAAGCAAUUAAUUAAUAAUUUCUAGAUCUCCGAUCAAUGGCGAAAGAAUUCAACGUCCCGCCGGUGGUUUUUCCGUCCGGCGGUAACCCGGGCCCACAACAACGCCGUCUCCCAACGGCGCCGUUUCAGCCGCCGAAACCAUCAAACCCUGGAAUUCCCUUCAUGUCCUUCGAUGUCGGAUCCGCCGCCGCUUCCACGUCAUUCUCCACUCCGCAAUUCGCCACCACCAUCGGCGGUGCCGGCGUCGGAGGAGGAUCGCUAGGUUUUGAAGAUGAGCCGCCGUUACUGGAAGAGCUUGGAAUUAACACAAAGCAAAUCUACCAAAAGACACUUUCGAUUUUGAAUCCGUUUAGGGUUAAAGCAGAUCUACAUGAAGAUGCUGAUUUAUCUGGACCGUUCAUUUUCCUAAUGGCGUUCGGUUUGUUUCAAUUACUCGCAGGGAAAUUGCAUUUUGGUAUUAUAUUGGGAUGGGUGAUUAUGGCUUCUAUGUUUCUGUACGUGGUGUUUAAUAUGCUUGCUGGAAGAAAUGGGAAUUUGGAUUUGUACAGGUGUGUUAGCCUGAUUGGUUAUUGUAUGUUGCCUAUUGUGAUAUUAUCCGCGAUCUCGUUGUUUUUGCCUGGUGGAUUGGUGAUCAAGGUGGUGACGGGAGUUUUCGUGAUAUGGUCCACUAGGGUUUGUACAAGGCUCGUGGUUGAAUUGGCAUCGUGUGGUGAUGAACAUCGUGGGCUGAUCACGUACGCUUGUUUCUUGAUUUACAUGCUUUUCUCAUUGCUAGUGAUAUUUUGAAUCAGGUUAACGUGUUUAGUGUAUUGCAGUUACUUUGGAGGCUUAUAGUUUGUUUCUAUUUUGCGAAAGAUGAACAUAAAGAACUGAAUUAUGUAGUUUUGAAUUCACGAUUUGUGAUAGUUGGAGGAGAGUUGUGGUUUAGUUUCUUACCAAUGUUUUGCCAGGUUUCGAAUUUCUUGAGAUUCCGAAUGUUAAAUUGAGAUGUACUGAUGUUUACUGAAUUCGUUAUUACUUGGUCGAAAGGAGUAAUUUUUGUGA